GACUUGCUCGCAAUCGCUGUUAGAUAUUCAGACAGCACAUCGUAUUUUAAGAAGUAUAGGAUUUCAAAAAUGUAAAAAAAAAUUUGUUUACAUACGGAUAAGACUUUUAUUAAAAUUCGUGGAAUAACUCGGCAGCUUAUAAACAAUGGCGCUUCUAGCUCGCUUUUUUCAAGAACGUCCGUUCUUUAGCUCACCGCGGUCUUUGUCUUUGAAAGCGAUUGCGCGUACUUCGACCAGCGUUGUAGCAUUAGCACCCAAAGAAGUGUUGCCAUUCUCGGCCAUUCCUGGCCCAAAAGGAACCAUUAGAAAUCUGUUGGACUACGGGAUGAGCAGAGGGACGUUCUUUGAAGUCUUGGAGAAGCGCUUUGAUAAAUACGGCCCGAUUUACAGCGAAAAACUGCUGGACACUCGUAUAGUGAGCAUUUCCGAUGUCGACGCCACGACGAACGUCUUGCGAAGAGAAAAAAACUUUCAGAUGCGACCCGGCUUCGAGGCAGUUGCCGAUAUCGUUGAAGAGACAGGCAGUAGUCUUGGGCUCGCCUCAAACGACUAUGAAAUAUGGUAUCCUGAUAGAUCACUGCUCUCGCCAAAGAUGUUGCGUCCCAAAGACGUGAGUGAGAGAUAUUCCUUGUUGAAUACUAUAGCGAACGAGUUCGCAGAGCGAGCGGCACGUCGUAUUGGAUCAGACGGAGUGGUGAACAACAUAGAAGAAGAACUGAACUUUUGGACCGUAGAGUCGCUUGCUGCGUUCUUGUUCAAUCAACGCCUUGGUUUCUACGACGACCCGCCGGAUCCUGAAGCAGUCGCGUUCGUGAAUUCUGCUCGUAUUAUGCUUGAUAUGACAGGAAAGAUGCUGCACGGUGCUCCUUUUUAUAAGUACUUCAAGACCUCUACCUAUUCCAUGUUGAAGGAAAGCGUUAUUGAAGUAAACACCAGAGGUUUGAACAUAUUAAAUAGAGUUUUAGCAACAAAGCAGGAGAAAGUCAAGACAGUCAGUGGUCACAAACAAUCGUUGUUUGAAUUUCUCUCUGCCAACGAUAAAUCACCAGAAAGAAUGGCGUCGAUGCUUGUUGGUUUGAUGUCAGCCGGCAUCGAUUCCACCAGCGCAACAUGCCUGUGGUUGUUUUACGAACUUGCCCGGAAUCCGGACAUCCAAGAGAAACUCUACAGCGAACUUUUGUCUUCAAUUGGCCCUGAUAGGGAGGUAUCAGCCAGCAAGAUUCCUUCGUAUCUCAAAGCCGUCGUAAAGGAGUCACAACGCCUUUACCCCGUCGCUGGAUAUGUGGUUCCCCGUGUAUUUCAUAACGAUAUCGACGUUCUCGGAUACAAAAUUCCAGCAGGUGUGAAGAUUUAUUCUUACGAAUUUCUGCAUUCAAUCGAUGAGCGUUACUAUGGAGCGGACGCGAAACAGUUUGUACCUGAGCGGUGGAUGCGUGAUGAUGCAGGAAAGAAAAGGGAGUUCAACCCGUUUACGAUGUUGCCAUUCGGCUUUGGCGUAAGAAUGUGCAUAGGUCGGAGAAUGGCCGAGGCAUUGAUCUAUACGGUAACAAGCAAGCUGCUGCUUCGCUACCGUUUGGAGUACGCCGGAGAAUGCGAGCUGAAACGAAGUCUAGUGGGAACGUUCAUGAGUCCAGAUCAGCCUGUUUUGCUUAAGCUCAUUCCUCGCGAAAAAGAGAUUUAAUAAGUGUUAAGUAUUAUUCGCAACACUCCUCCUUAAUAGAAGGGCGACAUAUUGAUACUGUCAUAUUUUUUCAUUUGAAAAACUCUAUAAAUUAAGAAACUGACAAGAGCACAAACAUCUUUUUUACUCAACAUUCUUUGAAUAUAUUUGACAUACCCUCAACAAUAACCUUUACUAACAUCCACAUUAUUAGUAAAGCGUUUGUUAAAUGAUUGCUAUCCAACUGUCUGCAGACUACACCUCAACAUAUAAACUGCUAAGUUAAUGAGAUAUACUCGAAAAAGAACCCUAUAUUUCAAACUGAUAAUUGUGGUUUUAGUAAUCUUCAUAUCACGUGGAAACCGAAUUUAAUUAACACUUAUUUACUGCGAACGAAGGAAACAUGUUUUGUGGACCCGAGA